GCCGUGACGUCACCGCCAAUGAGCGCCUUCCAAAUAACAACAUGAUGGCCACGCUAUGCAGGUCCGUGGCAUUGGCUGUUUUACUGACACUGGUCUCAGCUGUUGACCGAGGCAAUUUCAAGAGUUGCCAACAAAGCAGUUUCUGCAAACGACAUCGUGCUGUGAAACCAGGGGAAAGUCCAUAUGCUCUCCUCACUGACACUGUGACAGUAAAUGAUGCAGGACUAGUAGGAGAUGUCAUUAAUGAAAAUAAUAGAAUUGUUUUUACUUUAGAAAUAUACCCUCUAAAGGAUUCAACUGUGCGCAUUAAAAUAAAUGAAAAAAAUCCUAUCAAACCCAGAUUUGAGGAUCCGUAUGCCUUAGUAAAGGAUAUUCAUGGAGAAAGCUUUGAGGCUGUUGAUCAGUCUGCUCAAGGAGUGACCGUCAAAUUUGGAUCACAUCGUGCUGUUGUAAACGCAAAACCUCUGAAGAUCGAUAUCUAUAAUGGCGAUGAUCUUGUGGUGAGCACUAAUGCUCGGGGACUUCUCAAAUUUGAACACUACAGGAAUAAACCUGGAAAUGAGGAACAGCCUGCAGAGGGAGAGGGAGAGCCCAAUGCCCUUCCAGCUGAAGAUCAGGAGGAAGACAAAGAUGGAUUGUGGGAGGAGUCCUUCAAGGGCCACACUGACUCCAAGCCUCUUGGGCCAGCCUCAGUGGGCAUGGAUAUAUCCUUUGUCAACUCCAAGCAUGUAUAUGGAAUACCAGAGCAUGCGGACUCUUUCUCGUUGAGAGAAACCACGUCAACUGAUCCCUACCGGUUGUACAACUUGGAUGUUUUUGAAUAUGAAGUGGACAAUCCUAUGGCUCUGUAUGGUUCUGUACCAGUAAUGCUCUCCCAGACUGCACGGCACACUACUGCUGUAUUUUGGCAUAAUACUGCUGAAACAUGGAUUGAUAUUAAGAAAUUGCCAGAUAGCAAUGUUGUGUCUUCCAUCACUGGUUUCUUCUCCAGUGGAGAGACUGACCCUCCACAGGUGUCUACACAUUGGUUCUCUGAGUCUGGCAUCAUUGAUUUGUUUGUCAUGCUAGGACCAAGACCCAUGGACGUCUUCAGACAGUAUGCAGGUCUUACAGGAACUCAGAACCUUCCACCGCUUUUUAGUCUGGGAUAUCAUCAGUGCCGCUGGAACUACAAUGAUGAAGAGGAUGUACGUCAAGUGCAUGAAAACUUUGACAAACAUGAUCUUCCUUUGGAUGUGAUGUGGUUAGAUAUUGAACACACUGAUGGGAAAAGGUACUUCACAUGGGACCAUUACAAAUUCCCAAACCCACUGGAAAUGACCGCCAACCUCACUGCAAGAGGCCGCAAACUUGUGACCAUUAUUGAUGUUCAUUUCAAACGGGACAGUAAUUAUUUCUUUUAUAAAGAAGUUCAUGAUCGAGACCUUUUUGUUCAUACAAAAGAUGGAAAUGAGUUUGAUGGUUGGUGCUGGCCAGGUUCUUCAUCCUAUAUUGAUAUGACUAAUCCUGAUGCGCGAGAACACUACAGUGACACUUACCGACUUGACCGCUACAAGGGUUCCACCUUGGAUACGUUCACAUGGAAUGACAUGAACGAACCCUCUGUCUUCAAUGGACCAGAAAUCACAAUGCCCAAAGACAAUUUACAUCCUGGCAUUGGGGUAGAACACAGAGAAGUUCACAAUGCUUAUGGAAUGCUGUUUCAUGAAUCAACUUAUGAAGGCCACAUGAAAAGGUCAGACAGACGCUUGCGACCCUUCAUUCUCACGCGCGCCUUCUAUGCUGGAACACAGAGAAGUGCAGCUGUGUGGACUGGUGACAACACAGCUGAUUGGAGUCACCUGCGCAUAAGUCAGCCCAUGUUGCUGUCGCUCUCUGUUACAGGGAUCACUCAUGUUGGUGCUGAUGUUGGGGGCUUCUUCGGUAAUCCUGACAUUAACCUGCUUGCUCGAUGGUAUCAGGCAGCAGCUUUCCAGCCUUUCUACAGAGCCCAUGCCCAUCUUGACACAAAACGACGUGAACCUUGGCUCUUUGAUACAGAAACACUGCGCAUUAUCAGAAAAUCACUACGGCAGCGUUAUCAGCACCUACCUCUUUGGUAUUCACUGUUCUAUGAGAAUGAGUUAACAGGUGCUCCACCAAUGAGGCCUUUGUGGGCUUGUUUCCCCGAAGAUGAAACUACCUUUGGCAUAGAGAGUGAACACAUGAUCGGUUCCGCUCUUCUUGUUCAUCCCAUCACUGAACCGGGAGCCGUCACAGCCAGUGUUUAUUUCCCGCCCGGAGUCUGGUAUGACAUUGAGGAUUUGAGUGUGCAUCACGGGCCCAACCACAAAGUCGUGUCUGCAGCAAGGGACAAGAUCCCUGUAUUCCAGCGAGGUGGAACUAUUAUUCCUCGCAAGGACAGAGUUCGUCGUGCUUCUACCCUCAUGCGUGAAGAUCCCUACACGCUUGUCAUAGCCUUGGAUUCUGAUGGGAAGGCACAAGGCACACUAUACAUAGAUGAUGAACACACUUUUGAUUACAGACAGGGCAAAUUCUUGUAUUUGGCUUUCUCAUAUGAAGAUGGUGUUUUGACCUCAAAGAAGAUUGAUCCAAAUGGAAGCUAUGAUACUGCAUCCUGGCUAGAACGGGUUAUCGUCAUAGGACUCCACAAGCAAGCUACAAAAGUAUCAGUCAACAGUGCCACAGUGGGCACCCGGGACUUGGAAAGCACAUUUGAAAGUGGAAGCGCCACGCAGGGAAGCCAGCUAACCAUACGCAAGCCAGGAGUCAGUAUGCAAGAGGAGUUUACUAUUACUAUCCGUUAAUUCAAUUACUUGUAUGGCUGGCUGUCAUUACAGCUGAGAUACAUAGCUUAAUAAGUUUAAUUAAAUAUUUUAUAAACUUCAUGCAGGUUGAUGUUACAGAUGUGAACUGUGUAACAAAAGAAGGAAGAAAAUUUAGGAUAGAUUGCAGAUGGUAUUUGUUCUACAGUACAAGUUCUUAAUUUUUUUUUAUUCUUUUUUUUAAUUUGAUUGUCCCUUUUCCUUUUGGCUCUGGUAUUGGUUGGUGAAUUUUCACAGUUUUAUAGGAAGAAGUUCAGGUUCCUACUGGAAUGAGUAAUUUUUCUUAUUGAUAUUCAAUUUUUUUUUUCUUACUUUUUUCUAUAUAAUUUAAGGUAUAUUAGAUAUUUUUGUAAUAGUUGAUAAAUACAUGUGGUGUAAUAUGGUACUCAGAUAUGUUGUCAGUCCUUGUGAACUUUGUAUGUCAUGACACAAUGCAUGAAAGAAGCUUGCACACUUGAAAGUGGGGGAAAAGAUAGUAAGCAUUUGCCUAGACAACUAAGGGCAAAACAGUCCAUUCUAAUGCACUGAGAAUAACCCAUAGAAAGACAAUGAAUAUAAAAAGUUACAAACUUGAGUCCAAAAAUUUAUUGAUGCCGAUUUAUGGUUUUGAAAACUUGGAUAUAGUCAAAGAAUAUAGUCAAAAUAUAUUUGGAGGGGGAGAAAAUUAUACCAGGGGUUUCAGUUGGGUAACUGGUCAGUACUCAUUGUAUUUUUUUUUUUUUCUCUCCAAAUGAUGCCGGUAGUGAUAGCCAGUUACUUGUUAUGUAUAAUAGGUUUUUAGGAAAGUUCAUUUUUACUCUGGUGAUAUUAUUAGCACAGCUGGUUAAUCCAGUUACCUUUAUUUUUGUGCAUAUUAGAUUUGGUUGGAGGUAAUCAUGAACAUUUUUAAAAAACACUUUCUACUAAGAUAGUGCAUUGAGACUGGUAUCCUGGAAAAUUACCAAGGGUCUCUAAGUCAUCGAUCAUGAUUAUUAUUGAUGAAUACAUGCCACAGUGAACCAAAAUUUAACCUUUACAAUCAGGGUUUCAGUUAGAAAUGUUAGCAAUAGCAUUUUCCAGACUAUAUUUUGAUCAGAGUGACCAGAAGGUACACCUCUGUCUUAUAUCUUUGUGUGAAUCUGUAAGAUGUGCAAACUAUUUAUUAUUUAUGUAUUUCCACCCUCUUCUAAAGAGUGCAGUAUAAGGGCAGAUGGCAAUAUUUGAAUAGAUACAGCUUGAGGAUAUGUACUGUAAGAUCUGAUAUUAAGUGGAAGUGACUAAAUUAAUGUUAACCAUUCUAAUUUACAGCAAAUGAUAGCAGACCAUAAAUCCAUUAGUUUUAUAUCAUUUGUAACAAUAAAUCUUACCUCCAGUGCUUGAGGGUAGUUAUAUCCAUUGUACAAAAUAGAUAAGUUUAAAGUUGGAAGCACUUACUGUGAUAGCUGUAAUUUAUUUAUCAACCGUGGAUUAAAUAUCAUCGAGGGCUAUGAGCAAGUGAUGGGCUAUGUACAUCGGAGCCUUUUAGAAGUAGUGUCAGUAUGUAUUUAUUUCCAAUCAUGAAGAGUGAAUUGUAAGUUGGAACACAUGGAAGUGUAUGUUGUCAUGUCAGCCAUAAGAAUUAUGCAAUUGGCAAUUAUUUUUCACAAUGGUUUUUAUAUCUGCAAGUUUUCUUAGAAGAACACGUACACCACAAAUGAUUUACUGGAGGUUUAUUAAAUAGUUAUGAUACAUUUUAAUAUGAUCAUACAUGUUCUGUACCCUGUUUGGCCACAUGUCCCACAUUCCAAAUGUGUGUGUGAGUGCACAAUGUAUAAAUAAAGAAAAUUUUGUUA